CUCAACCAGGCAACACUCAGCCGCAGAGGUGCAUCAGCUUUCAUCUUCCCCUCUUCCCCCCUCGACAGCCACAACCAGUCAACAUGCCAUGGCUGAACCGUUCGGGAUCGUUGCUGGCGCGUUGGGCGUUGCCGGCCUCUUCAAUAACUGCAUAGACUGUUUUGAGUACGUCCAGCUAGGUGGCCGCUUUGGGCGCGACUUUGAGAGAUGCCAACUCAGACUGGACAUUGCAAAGACACGCUUGAGCCGAUGGGGCGAGGCGGUCAAGUUCAACGUUGACCCGGUUUGAGGACAGGGACAUGAAGCCAGCCGGGCGAGCGCUGCACAGGCGGCUGAAAGACCUCGCUUGUCGGUGGCAGAAAGAUACGAGCUUGGUGAAGAAGACAGCAUGGGCACUCUACGACGGGAAGAGCCUGGAGAAAAUCGUCGACCAAAUCGCCGGCUUUGUUGACGAGCUGGAGAAAGCCUUCCCGGUCGAGGCCGUUUGUCACAAGCUGGCCGGGAUCGAAAUCGAAGAGGUGGAGGACGAAGCAAGUUUGACAAUGCUCAAGGAUGCCGCGGGAGGGAUCGACGAGGCUCUGUCAGGUGCGGCUGCACGGAAGAUCGACGCAAUCGCGGGAAGGAACUCCGCCAAGGAUGUCAGGAUGGGGGGCCAUGCAAGGGUCCACGUCGGCAAAUGUAUUCACCGAGGCAGUUGUACAUCGUGAGAUCCUCAUCAGAGAUCAGACGAUCAAUUCGGUAGAGACGGUGGUGGCGACGGGUGAGUCUGGAAUCCAGAUUGGAGAUACGUACGGUGGCAAAAGGUUGAGUUCUCCACCUGGUACGUACCUUUUCUGCCACUUGGUAUGUAUCUUUUCUGCCAUUUUGUACGUACCUUUUCUGCCACUCGGUACUUCUUUUUGCCGCUGAGAAAUCACGUUCCUGUAUUUUCUCAACAAAGGGCUUUUCAAGCACUACUUCUCAAUGUUCUCACCAGCCGGGAGAUGGCAUAUGUAAACGUCACGUGAAGAAUGUAUAAAUUAUCUGCUCUAUUUCAUC